AUGCAGCGGCGCAUGCUGACGAAAGAAGACGAGGAGGCCGCAGGGGAAGAGAUCGAAGUCCGGCGAGAGGACCAAAACAAGAUCAACAGAUUCAGCCGCCUUCACCAACGAGAACUUAUGAUUCAGGAGGAGCUGAAGACAAAAAAUAAAGAAAAGGAGGAGCUCGACGAUAUCACAGCAGAACUCGAGCUUGGCGACGAAGACGAGCCUGUCCCGUACAAGAUUGGCGAUGCUUUUUUCCAUGUGCCACUACCACAGGCUCAAGAGAUGCUUGCCAUCACCGGAGCGAGAGUCGACGAGGAUAUCAACGGACUAGAGGAAAAGCUCGAGACUCUACGAGAUGAGAUGACCGAGUUGAAGGUCCAGUUGUACGCAAGAUUCGGCAAGACCAUCAACCUAGAGACUUGA